CAAUGCCAGGCGAUGGCUUCACCAUUAAAAGUCGCAUCAGGAAUUUGUUGCGUUCUCCGUCAGCCAGGCACAAGAAGAACAGGAAGGAGAGUCUCAGCAGCAAGGUGACUUUGGAGAAGGUGUUAGGAAUCACUGCUUCAGGAAACAGCGGGCUGGCCUGUGACCCCCGAUCUGGUCUAGUCGCCUAUCCUGCAGGGUGUGUGGUAGUUUUGCUGAACCCCAAAAAGAACAGACAGCACCACAUUAUCAACACGUCAAGAAAGACCAUCACAGCUCUGUCCUUCUCCCCUGAUGGCAAAUACUUGGUCACAGGAGAGAGCGGUCACCUGCCAGCGGUUAGACUGUGGGACGUGGCAGAACGAAGACAGGUGGCGGAGCUCCAGAAGCACAACUAUGGCGUCUCUUGUGUGGCUUUCUCCCCCAACAGCAAAUACAUUGUCAGUGUGGGAAACCAGCAUGACAUGAUGGUCAACGUCUGGGCGUGGAAGAAAGAUGUCGUUGUGGCUGCCAACAAGGUGUCCAGUAAGGUGACAGGUGUGUCUUUCUCUGAGGACAGUUCCUACUUUGUAACUGUGGGAAACAGACAUGUCAAGUUCUGGUAUCUGGACCACUGCAAGGCCAGCAAGGCCAGCACUCCUGUCCCUCUGCUGGGCCGCUCAGGGCUGCUGGGGGAGCUGAGGAACAACUUCUUCUGUGAUGUGGCCUGUGGACGGGGCUCUACGUCUGACUCCAUCUUCUGCAUCACCUCCUCUGGCCUGCUGUGCGAGUUUAACAGCAAGAGGGUGCUGGACAAGUGGGUGGACCUGCAGACGGGCAUGGCCCAGUCCCUGUCUCUGUCUGAGGAUAUGAUCUUCUGCGGCUGUGCUGAUGGAACGGUGCGAGCCUUCAGCCCCGCCGACCUUCACUUUGCCUGCACGUUGCCGCGGCCGCACCCCCUUGGCUGUGAUGUCUCGGCCAUCACCGAGGCCAGCCACCUGUUCUCCACCAAGCCGGAUGCCCGUUACCCAGACGUCAUCGCCGUGACCUAUGACCCCAUCAGCCAGUGGCUCAGCUGUGUUUAUAACGACCACAGUGUGUACGUGUGGGAUGUGAGAGACGUCAGCAGGGUGGGGAAGGUGCACUCUGCCCUCUUCCAUGCUGCCUGUGUCGGGGACCUGGAGAUGUUCCCAGAUGUUCCCGGGGAAUUUGGUGCUGGUUUGUCAUCAGGUGCAUUCCUGAGCUGCUCAGCAGAUAACACCAUCAGACUGUGGCGCAUGGGCGACUGGACACAAACUCAUGUUCAUUCUCAUAACAUCCUCAGCAGUGAUCUCCUGAAUAUAAUCUACGUAGAAGGAAACACCAGUGCCUUGCUGGAUCCGGAGUGUUUGACAAAUAUAAAUGUGGACAAACCAGGAGAUGGACAGACAGCAGAAAGCAGGACCGGCAUCAGGACCAUCUGUGUCAGUCCAGACGGCAAACACCUGGCAUCUGGAGAUCGCAACGGGAUGCUAAGGGUUCAUGACCUCAGCAGCAUGGAGGAGAUUCUGAAAGUGGAGGCCCACGAUGCUGAGAUCCUCUGUCUCGAAUACAGUAAACCAGAAACAGGUCUGAAGCUGCUGGCCACAGCUAGCAGGGACCGUCUGAUCCACGUCUUGGAUGCUGAGGACGACUACAGUCUGGUGCAGACACUUGACGAGCACUCUUCAUCCAUAACAGCCGUCCGCUUUGCUGCCAAUGACAACAAGGUGAGGAUGAUCAGCUGUGGGGCAGACAAGAGCAUCUACUUCCGCACUGCACACAAGACUGACAGAGGAACAGAGUUCAGGCGUUCACACCACAUGGUGAGGAAGACCACGCUGUACGACAUGGGCGUAGACCCCACCUGCAAGUACGCUGCUGUCGGCUGUCAGGACCGCUGCAUCAGGAUUUUUAACAUCAGCAGUGGCAAACAGAAGAAACUCUACAAGGGAUCACUGAGUGAGGACGGCAGUCUGCUCAGGGUUCAGCUUGAUCCGUCUGGUCAAUACGUGGCCACCAGCUGCUCCGAUAAAAACAUCUGCAUCUUUGACUUCUACACUGGGGAGUGUGUCGCCACUAUGGAUGGACACUCUGAGAUUGUCACGGGGAUGAAGUUCACCAACGACUGCAGGCAUUUGGUUUCUGUGUCGGGGGACAGCUGUAUCUUUGUGUGGCGACUGGCUCCAGAACUGACAAUCAGCAUGAGAGAGAGGCUCUGCCAGCUCCGACAAAACCCAAACACACCACCCAGCAAGACCUCCAGCCUCAGGCGAGAGGUGUACAGUGCCCCCACUCUGGGUGGGCUGUCCUCUGACAGUGACCGUGAGCAGGAGGAAGACGACGGAGCAGAGAAUGACGACCCCAAUGACCCAGAGGACAUCGCAACUAAUAGUUCAUCUGACAGCAGCCAUGGAGAGGAGGACACAGGUGGCUCAGAUGAAGGACAGGACUGGGAGCUGACGAAGCAUGGAGUCGUCAGCCAGGUCACACCUGACUCCUCUAAGCGCCCUCGGAGGCGCUGGUCUCAUCGUAUGGGCUCUGUGGAGCUGAUGGUGAAAUCCAUGCUGGACCUGAGGCAUCUGGAGACCUUUGCUCCCAAGAAUAACUGCCCCCCUCAUGACAAAGAGAGAUGCACCACGUCCAGUGUCCAGGAGCCCAUGCUGCAGUUGGAGGAGAGAGCCAAGAGGCAUCGGCCCUGGCCACAUGCUGACUGGCUGUCCUCACACCCAUCCAAGGGCAUCAGGGGGACUGAUGGAGCCGUGUUCUACCCCGAGGAGAACGAGGGCGACGCAGGUCUGCAGGGCAGUGGUUACAUGGUGCGGGAGCAGCACUGCAGGAUGCAAGGGCGAGGGAGCCGCAGCGACAGCAAGGAAAGUCGCAGCCCGGACAGUGCCUGCUCUCUGGGCUACGACAGCAGGGACUCCAGCCCGGAUCGUGUGCGGGAUGAUUCUGCAGAUGUGGAGUCACUGAGCCAGGACAGCUCUGAUGAGGAGAGUAAAGAGAUGGGGAAGCAAAAGGCAGGAGUGACGAGCAUGGACGAGGCUCUGAGGACAGUGACCGACACUGUGGACGUCGGUCAAGAAGAUUUCCUCAAGCAGAACUUUGAGACGCUGGAAGAGAGCUGCAGCAUGGCUGAGCAGAGCGGAGUCCCCAGGCUCAGUAUGUCUUCACGCUUCCUGGCCAGAGGACAUAAUAACAGGGGCAUGCCUCCGUUUGGCAAAGUGCACGGGAAGGAACAAGGCAGCCACUCUGCUAAACCCCCUGUGUCAAAAGUUCGGCCCUUGAUGGAAGAUAGCCAGAGCAGAAACACGGAUGAUAAGACCCCCGUGUCCCCGGGCAGGAUGGAGGGGCCAAACAGGGUCGAUGCUCCAGAGAGAGACUGUACUCCCGUCCUCAGAUCCCUGAAGAAGAAAAGGAGUUCAGGGUUCCACUUGUGGAGGUUGUCCAACCCUCCAUCCAAAGCUCCACUGCUGUCGGACAGCGCGACGGGUUUGCAGAAAUCACACUCUGCCCAGAAUCUGGCUUCAGACCCUCCCCACUCCCCUCUGCCCUCUAGUGACCGAAGGGAGUCGUGCAAGAGACCUCAGCAUCUCUUCCUGGAUCACGACACUCCCAAGCCUUCCUUCCACUUUUCCUCACCCUCCUCCGGCUCCCCCCAGUCACCCCGGUCCCCCCUGCCCUGGGACAGCCCCAAACUCAAACCCCUCCACUCCUACAUGAACCCCACUGCCAGCUCCAUGGCCAAAAGCAGCCGCUCCACCUCCCUGGGAGAGGUGAUCCAGCCGGGCUCUCCGCCUUGCUCCCCUUCCUUCCUCAGACUCAGGAGGUCAUGUGGGGAGCUGGAUGCCACACCUCCCUUGCUCGCUUCAUCUCCUCUCGCCGCUGUCCCCUCUACUGUCUCAUCAACAUCAUCCCGCUCACCGUGUCCUCUACCAAACGGUCCCGCCCCAACUCCUCCUCAUGCUACAGCCACAGUUUCACCCACACCUGUUACCCAGAACAUCCCGCCCUCCCGCAUCCCGCUUCCCAAACAGCCUCUCAGCCCUCGCCGCAGCCUCUGUCUGGAGGCGAUGUCGAGCCUCAGUUGGUCUGGAGACUCAGCGAGGGCUUCUACUCCUACCAGAGACUCUGACAUUGCACCUACUCAAGGAAGCAGAGCACUGAGCAGGCAUCUAAGUUUGGAUCUGUCUUUGCCAAGUUGUCUACCAGUGAGGCAGAAGAGAGAAUCGAUUUCAGAGAGCGCCAAGGAGCCGUCACAGGUGGCUGUGGCCAAAGAGUGCCCUCUGGUGCCCGAACAGACCCACACAUCAUUGAGUGCCGAUCCCCAGCCAGGUCUGGCCUCCCAGAACUCUUUAACCCACCUGUCCGUCGCUACCGUUCCUCCUCUUCAUCACUGCAUCUCUUCACGCUGCUCGCCUUCUGCCUUCUGGCCUGUGUGUCAGUCUGCUUGUCUGUCUCACGUCCCUCUGUCUGUCUCUGUGCCCUGCUGCUGUCAACACUGUGAUUACAUGGAUCACUCCAUCACCCUGGAAACUUGUAGGCAGGCUGUUUCGGAGCUUCACAACAGUCUGAGGAAAACCGCCAUGCUCUACACUACGGUGCUACAGAGCGGCCAGCAGCCCAGUGAAGAUCAACAAGAAAUGAGGAGCAUCCUGUCAGAGGCUCUGUUCACGGUCAAGGCUGAGCUGGACUCUCUGCCUCACCCCACCUCGCAGUGCGAAGGGCACCAAAUGGACCAAGGGGUCAAAGGUGAAGGAGAGAAGGCCCUGGCAAUGCUGGAGCAGUAAGCUGAGCUGCUGCUGAAGUCUGUGGAGAGGAAACUGGACACCAAGAUGUAAGGAGAUGGACUGAUGUUUGCCACGUGGUAGGAGCCAGACGUGUGCACACACAGCAGCACUGUGAAUUGUUAUUUGCACAGAGAUCUUUAGGAACUUUAUUUGUGGACUGAAUGUAGAUGAGAUGUUAUUAUAUGUGCAGGAGCUGAAAGAAAUGAAUCCUGAGUAUUAUGCACUGAAAAAAGUAAAAAGGUUGCCUUAUUUUUGAAGUUGCCAUAGCGCUUCUUUUCUACUUUUUAAAAUCAAAUUUCAUAAACGUAAUGAAUCACAAUUGUUACAAAGGGAGACACCAGAAGGACAAAAAUUAUGAAAUUGACAUGUUUUGGUACGGGUUAAAAUGUCAGAAGCCCCGUUAGCAUCCCCCAGAAGCUGCAGGGUUCAUUAUUUUAUUCCAAAAUAAAAAUGUUAAAGGACAGAAUAAACAAUUUUCUGUAUAACCAGUAGUGAAACUCAAAAUUCAUCCUUAAGGCUUUUGCACAGAGUCAGUUUUUUUCGUCCAAAAUUGUCACACCCCUACAAAUAAAUAUGACCUCAUGUUGUGUUAAUCAUGUUUGCACACUGAAUCUGAAACUUUCGUCUGUCAUUAAGAAUUUCAGCACAGGUACGAUUUUCUGCGCUUUUCGGGUCUGUCAGAAGCCUUUAGAGACAUUUGACCAAGACUCGGUGAAGAAUCAUUUCAUAACUCAUACUUUCAGCAGGUCAGAUAGUAAUAUUCAGGUGGAUGAUGAUGAAAAGGA